AUGGAUGCACCUUCCACGUUCGAUACUUUCUCAAUAGCAAUGACAUCAGUCCCAAAGUCAUUACCUAUAUUAAGUAAUAUCUAUAAAAUUGCGACUGAUAUUCGAGAAACGACUGAACGAGUUGAGAUCAACAAAAAACAAUGCGAGCAGUUGAGUGAACGUAUUGAUACACUGAUCGGGUUUUUAGCUCAAAGAGAUCUAUCGAAGUGUUUGAACGAAGCAAUGCACAAGGCACUUAAUCGUUUCGAAACAUUUCUACUUCAAUGUCUUGAAUAUAUCAGCACUUUCAUUGAAGCCACUUGGUUUAAGCGUAUUGUGGGCAACAAAGAGUAUGAAAAGAAAUUUCAAGAUUUAAAUCGUGAACUUACUCAAUAA